UUUUGGCUUUAGUUAAUCUGGCCUGUAACGGAAGUUUCAGUUUGGCCAUUGGCCAAUCACAGGUAAUUUCAGAGAGACAUCUUUAUUAACUAUAAAUCAGAACAACCAGACAUCACAGCUGAAACAGUUAUAAAAGUUUAUAUGCGACCCAGGCAAAAAGUAACUUCACACUGGACGGUUCCAGAGGCUGGAAAGGAGGGGAUUUUGCAGCACCAUCUCCCGGCCCAGCAGCCGCCUCUGCCUCUGGAAAGUUUUGGUCUGUCCUCUCUCCGUGGAUAACUUGCAAUGAUAAACCGUGGGCGUCUGCAGAGAAGGUGUACAGGGAACACCAGCCGGGGUAGGCUAUAGGAUGCCUCAGAGAUAGACAAGCCUAAUGACGCAACGGGUUUACUCAAUACAGCUUAAAAAAUUGUGUGGGACAGGAUAAUACAUGCAGGGUUUCCCACGUUUCCUAUGACCAAAAGCAGGCUGAGGACUCGGAAACUGACAGAUACAUAACGUGACACAGGCACACAGACCCUCUUCCGACUUCUGGAAACAAGCUUCUCCGGACACCAGAGACCAACAGAUGCAAACGUUCAUGAUGGCAUACCUUAUAUUACUUUUUUUACCUUUUGUUUUCAGUACACGGGCGCGCAUAUUAGGAGCUGGAUAUGAAACGGUCAUCUCCAAUGAGCCAUACAAGGAGAGCCGGAAAGUUCUUACUACAAUGGGAGAAGAAUGCACGUUCCCAUUUCGUCAGGGUGGAAGGAUUCAUCAUCACUGCCUCACCAUCCUAUCCUCAAAACCAUGGUGCUCCCUCACACAUAAUUUUGAUCGGGACCGGCGGUGGGGCUUCUGUGCACCAGAGAAAACUCAGCCAAAUGUUUUUGUCCAAACAUCACGUAGAAUCCCAGAUCCAUGUCGGCCGAAUCCAUGUCAGCAUGGAGGCGUCUGCACGCUGAUCCCACAAAGACACUCGUUUGAGUGCUCCUGUCCUGAGAGCUUCACUGGGAGACUCUGUGAGCAGAAGAAGUGCUAUGAAACCGUACACCUGCGCCAUUAUGACAUCGGAGAGUCUUGGGGACGAAUUCACCUCCGUAAUGUGGAACAGUGCACAUGUGUGGCAGGGGAAAUCCUGUGUGAAAGAGUUCAAUACACAACGUGCCGUUCAAACCCUUGUCAGAAUGAUGGAACGUGUCGACUGAUCACAUCCACCGACAAGGAAGUGUGUAACUGCAGACAUGGCUACAGCGGCCCAUACUGUAGCUUAGAGCCAGAGACAGAGUGCUACAACAGCAGGGGCACAGAUUACAGAGGGCUGGUGGGCACCACGGUGUCUGGCGCCCGGUGUUUGGCGUGGAACUCAGACCUGCUGUAUGACGAGCUCCAUGUGGGCACGGUGGUUGCCUCGUCCCUCAGGGGCCUCGGGGAACAUGCCUACUGCAGAAACCCAGAUGAAGACAAGAUGCCGUGGUGCUACACACUAAAUGACGCCACCAUCUCCUGGGAGUACUGUGACGUCCCCUCCUGUGUUAUGGCUGUGUCUUCUUCACGAAGGAUUGUCCCAUUUAAUGCCCUGCCCAGCAUUAAAAAAGCUCAGCCCUCUAUGCCUCCCAAAAAGCCUGUGUGUGGAAAAAAGAACAAGAAAAGGUUACCGAUAUCCAGGGCGCGGAUAUUGGGCGGAAUCUCAGCUCUGCCAGGUAAUCACCCCUGGAUGGCAGCCAUUUACAUCGGACAGUCAGACUUCUGCGCCGGCACCAUGGUCUCCUCUUGCUGGAUUGUCUCUGCGGCUCACUGCUUCUUCCGCAACCCCCUGAAGUCUCAGCUUCGAGUGGUGCUCGGUCAGCAGAAAUUCAACGUCACGGAUCACAACACCAGGACAUUCGGAGUGGAGAAGUACAUCUUUCCUAAACAGUUCUCAGUGUUUAAUCCAACACUACAUGACAUUGUUCUGAUCAAACUGGCGAAGCAGGACGGGAAGUGUGUGAAGAGAACCCCGUUCAUCAGACCCAUCUGUCUCCCAGACAAAAGCAUGACGUUCCCUGAUGGGUACUGCUGUACUAUUAGCGGCUGGGGACACAUGUAUGAGAAGGCACAGGGUUACUCUAGUCUGCAGGAGGCUGGAGUGAGGCUGAUUCCUCACGACACAUGUAGGAAGCCAAAUGUUUAUGGCAACCAUGUCACUGCUGACAUGGUUUGUGCGGGGCUCAACGGCUGUGUCGACGCCUGCCAGGGUGACUCCGGGGGCCCUCUGGCUUGUUCGAGGAAUGAUGUCAGCUUCCUGUAUGGGAUCAUCAGCUGGGGAGAGGGCUGCGGCCGCUCUCAAAAACCUGGCGUUUACACUAAAGUAGGGAACUAUAUCGAUUGGAUCAAUUCAGUGAUCGGACACAAACCCAAGGCUUCAUAAAUGGACAUUACCUGGACAUUAGUUUUUAAUAUAUGAAAUAUUGUACUAUAUUGUAUUUUUUUUUAUGUGUAAUGCUUGUGGAAGUUUAUAGGUUAUAUAUUUUUUAACUGUGAAACAUGUGACUGAAUAAACCUUUA